AGCUGACUCUGUGGCUUUCACAAGAGCGAGCAGAGAGGCUGUGAUCAUCACACCCGGGAGCGUGCAGCUGAGAGAGCACGAGAGGAGCUCACCGACCUGCUUUCUCACCGACUUGUGUCCACUGCUUCCCCGGCCUUCAAAGCCAGGAGACACGCCGACGACUUCCACCCUCCUCGGCCCGGGACUCAUCUUUAGAGAGGCUGCGGACGUCUCGGAGGAGACCUGUCGUCAGGACCAUGAGGCGCCCCGCUGUGCCCCCCUCCUGCGGGCUCCUCGCCGGCUGCCUCGUGCUGCUGCUGCCGCUGUUGGCGUCCGGUCACCCCGCGCACACCCCGGGGAAGGACCUGGUGUUCGUGGAGCAGCUCAGGGUCGGAUUCAACUGGAAAAAUAUCACCUGUCCCAUGUGUAAAGCUGUCUUCAUCAUCCUUGAUAUCGCCCUGCUGACUGAUUCAAACGAGGAGCGCAUAGCACGUGCAUUUGGGGAGGCAUGUAUCCGUCUCCAUCUGGCCGAUGAGCAGGUGUGUCGACAAAUAACCGAACUGUUCAGGGACGACUUCAUCCGGGCUCUGCAGCAGUCCCUGCUGGGGCCCUCUGAGGCGUGUGCCAUGCUGAUCGGCCCCUCCUGCGGCAAGUUUGAUAUCUACGCAGCCUGGAACAUCACCUUGCCAAAGGUCCCCAAGCCUCCUGUGAAACCACCCUCUCCUCCUAAACCUGGUUCUCCACAGAGCAGGGUCCUGUUUAUAACUGACGUCCACUGGGACAAGGAGUACAAAGCCGGCAGCGCCGCAGACUGCAAGGACCCUCUGUGCUGCCGUGAAGACUCUGGCUCUCCCAGCUGGAAGCGGCGAGAGGCUGGGUACUGGGGAACCUACAGUAAGUGUGACCUGCCUCUGCACACGGUGGAGAACUUCCUGGAAAAUGCAGCCAGAGCCGGACCCUGGGACUGGGUGUACUGGACCGGAGAUAUACCAGCGCACAAUGUUUGGUCUCAGACCAGGAAACAGCAGCUGUCAGAGCUUACUGUCAUCUCCAGGCUCAUCCAAAAACACCUGGGACCUAGCGUGUCAGUUUAUCCUGCUGUAGGGAAUCAUGAGAGUACGCCGGUGAACAGCUUCCCUCCGCCCUUUGUUCAUGGUAACAGAUCGUCGUCCUGGCUCUACAAUACGAUGGCAGAGGAAUGGUCCGCAUGGUUACCAGUGGAAGCUUUGAAGACUCUUAGAUACGGAGGAUUCUACACGGCAAAGGUUCGGCCUGGUCUCAGGGUGGUCUCUCUCAACAUGAACUUCUGUGCUCGAGAAAACUUCUGGCUGAUGGUGAACUCCACUGACCCGGCUAACCAGCUGCAGUGGCUGGUCCAUAUACUCCAGACCAGUGAGGACAAGGGAGAGAAGGUACAUAUCAUAGGUCACAUCCCACCUGGCCUGUGUCUUGGCAGCUGGAGCUGGAACUACUAUCACAUUGUCAACAGAUAUGAAAGUACAAUUACUGGGCAGUUUUUUGGUCAUACACACACAGACGAGUUUGAAAUGUUUUAUGAUGAGGACACCAUGAGCCGCCCGCUGGGAGUGGCAUUCAUCGCUCCUAGUGUCACUACCUAUAUCAAUCUGAACCCAGGAUACCGUGUCUACUAUGUUGAUGGUAACUACACCGGCAGCUCUUGGCUCGUGCUCGACCAUGAAACCUACAUCCUCAACCUCACAGAGGUGAACCACAGUCCGGGGGCUCCACUCAGCCCAGAACAAAACCCGAAGUGGACACUGCUGUACCGCGCCACUGAGGCAUACGGUCUUUCCACCCUGUUCCCGUCUGAUUACAACGAGCUGAUGCAGGCCUUUAUCAAGGAUGACAGAGUCUUCCAAAGGUUCUGGUACUUCAGGCAUAAAGGACACGUAUCUGCGCCGUGCAAGGAGACAUGCAAAACCUCAGUGCUCUGUUCUCUGCGGAGUGGGCGCGCCGAUGAGCUGGAGCAGUGCGACCUGCUCAAUGGUUUUGGAGGAAACUUGGCGAAGGCUGCCAGAACAACUCUCUGCUGAUCUGAGGAAGUUUGGACUGGAUGGUUGAAUAGAGAAAAGAGGAGUUGGACCAAAUAAGGAAAUUGAGUCACAUUUUUUUUUCUUGAUGCUGGUGGGUCGACAAAGAUCACUAACAGUUUGUGGAUUUCAUAAACUGUGAAGAGUGAGGAUUUGUCAGUGUUUGCCUUGUGCAGUUGUGUGAUGACUGAUUGAAAGUUUUCAUAAUGUUAUUUACUUGAAAAGUACAGAACAGGGGUUUGUUUGACAUCGUGAUUUUCAGUCCUGUACUGGGUGCCUUUUGUCAGGGAAAAUAAUUUGAAUCCAUCCUGGACAGCAAUCCUGAAAUGUUGCUGUGUGAUAACAUUGAUCAAGUUUUUGCUCAGAUUUCAUUGCUCACGCAUGAAAUUUCUUCAAAUGCUGCCUUGUUAAUUGGGACAAAGUGGAAAGUUUGCUUUAAAUGUAUCACCUUCUCACUUUUGACCUGUCCCACAAUGCUUUAGUUCACCACAUCUGGCAGAUUAAUGAAUCUCAGUGAUUAUGUAGGGUUAGUUUUGCUGAGUCAUAAAGCUGCGUAAAGGAUCUUCAUUUUUAAAGUUCUUUAUCUGAACCAUUUAUGAAGAUUUAGGUCUGUUAAUGUACAUUACCUCAAUGCACAGCACCAUCUGCCUUAGCAAAGAUGUCUUCUUGUCUAGGUAAGCGUCAGUAUUUCUCACUGAGUUUUACUUGUGUCUGCACUUUAGUUCUUUUGUUUGCUGGUUUAACUUCCAGGUGUAAUGGAGAACAAGUUUGAUAGACUUUCAGCGAUGUGAGCUUGGGAAGGUUGUCAGGUCUUGAUCUAUGUGUCCUGUUGUGUAACAUGAGCAUGACGAUGGAUAUAGAAAGCAAUAAUUUAAAGAUUAUAUGAAUAAAAGAUGAAAUAUUAAAUUCUU